AUGGAACACCCUAAGAGGGUAGUGUUGGUUGACAACUAUGAUUCGUUUACAUGGAACUUAUAUGAGUACUUCUGCCAAGCCGGGGCGGAAGUCCUUGUCCAUAGGAACGAUAAAAUAACUGUCCCGGAAAUCGAAGCUUUAAACCCAGAUAUCAUCUGUAUAUCACCGGGACCAGGCCAUCCAUCGGUUGAUGGAGGUAUAUCGAAUAAAUGUAUUGAGUACUUUAAGGGUAAGAAGCCUAUUUUUGGUGUCUGUCUUGGACAGCAAUGCAUAUACGAGCACUUUGGGGGCACAGUUACUGGCGCAGGUGAGAUCAUUCAUGGUAAGACUUCUGAGAUUUUCCAUGACGGGCUUGGUUUGUUCAAGGGUGUCAAACAGGGUAUUCCUGUUACUAGGUAUCACUCGCUGGCUGGUUCUCCUGGUACUAUUCCGGACGAUUUGGAAGUGACAGCGAAGACUUCAAAUGGUAUAAUUAUGGCAAUCAGACAUAAGAAGUACACUAUUGAGGGAGUUCAAUUUCACCCUGAAUCUAUCAUCUCUGCGGAGGGCUACUUGAUGAUUAAGAAUGUUCUGACUAUGACCGGUGGUACCUGGGAAGAGAACGAACGUGCUCAAAUAGAGAAAAUUGAUUUAAAGAAGUCCAUAUUGGAACAAAUUCUAGCUAAACGUGAGGAAGAUGUUGCAGAAAUAUCUCGUACGCCUGGGUUGACUUUUGAGGAUUUAGAAAAGAACUUCCAGUUGGGCAUGGCUCCUCAGGUGCAUGACUUCUACUCGAAGCUUUCGAGUGCACCUCGCGGUUUGGCUAUCCUAGCGGAGAUUAAGCGUGCGUCACCUUCCAAGGGCGACAUUAAUGUCAAAGGCAUUGCUGCUACCCAAGCGUUGGUGUAUGCGGAAGCAGGCGCUACUGCUAUUUCAGUGUUGACAGAGCCCCAUUGGUUCAAAGGCUGCCUGGAGGACUUGAAAAACGUAAGGCGCGUUCUAGACAUAAAGUACUCUCCAGAAAAUAGGCCCUGUAUUUUAAGGAAGGAUUUUAUCUUUAACAGGUACCAGAUUCUGGAGGCUAGAUUGGCUGGAGCGGAUAGUGUUCUUCUCAUUGUUAAGAUGCUAUCAAAGGAGGCUUUAAAAGACCUUUAUGAGUAUGCUGUGAAGGACUUAGGGAUUGAACCCCUUGUGGAGGUCAACACUAAGGAGGACCUGUCGCGUGCUUUGGAAAUCAAUGCCAAGGUCAUUGGCGUAAACAAUAGAGAUCUCGACUCAUUCGUUGUGAACUUGGGUACUACAAGUUCAAUGGUAAACUUGAUUCCAGAGGGAACAUUACUUCUAGCCCUCUCAGGAAUCUCAUCAAAAAAGGAUGCCCAAAAGUAUAGAAGAGAAGGGGUUAAUGGGUUGUUGAUUGGGGAAGCACUGAUGAAAUCAGAAAAUCCUUCAGAAUUCAUUCAACAAUUAUUCGAUUAG